AUGUCUCUUCAAGAUCUACAGACGAUUGAUUAUACUAAGUCAUCACAAUUAUUUCCAAUAGAGGGGGAAAUCCUUCAACAAUAUCAAUUCCUCAAUAAUCAACUCAUAACUCUUAAUAAUGAAAUCAAUCAUUUAACUACCAAAUCAAGUAGUUUACAAGAUAUAAUAGCAUCAAGCGCGUCUAAAUCGAAUGGUAAUGCUCAUGUUUUAUUAGAUAAUUUAAGAAAUUUAGAAAUGAAAAUUGGGUUGAUUCAUACUUUGUUCAAGGGAGCUGUUUAUACAUUAUUUUUAGAACAAGACAAUGUUGAAAUAAAUGAUGAACAAGGUGAAGAAGAAGAAGAGGAAGUAGAUGAGAAUAGAAAUGAAGAGGAAGAAGAUGCUGAUGUCACAAAGGGAGAAAUUGACUUGGAUUAA